AUGAAUUCUCUUGAGUUGACCAGAUAUUCUUUGAAUGCCUCUGUGUCAGGCCCUAGUUUGGAUACUAGUUCAGGAAGAAUUGUUAGCACCUGCCUUAGGCACUCGAGUAGCGGGAAUGAUGCUAACAAUAGUCCGGUAAGAUUUGCAGUCGGCCAUGAGGUUCAUAUGGCUACUUCCGAAGGCAAAUUUGGGUCAAUUCAAACCGGAGUACAAGCUGUUGAUUCUUCCCAGCCUGGUAUUAAUAGCAGAGCAGAUUCAUUGCGUCAAAUUCCCAUUUCAGACUAUAUAUCAUGCGGUAUGCAUGAGAAAACUCGUGAACCUUCACCUACCUCCACAUCUUUACGGAGUCUUUGGUUUUCAGGCCCCCAGCCAGUAUCUAGUUCCGAAAGUUCACGACCCUUUAAUCCUAUUGGGUUCGGUUCCAAUAUUUACCCUAGAGAUGAAUCACUAUCUCCUUGCCAGAAUAAUCACACGCUUUUCAGUCUUGGUUCUGUAAUUGACUCUCUGGGUCUUGUAAGUGGACCCUUGGUAAGACUUGAACACAGAAUUGAACCUAUUGAUACAUCCUCCAUAUGUGCAGAUUCCGAGCGCCAAACACGUCUAGUGAAGGUUUCGAAUCUACCAAUAAAUCCGACUGAUCAGAAUACCGUUUCAUUUAGCUUGUCUCCACAAUCAGUGCUUGAAUCCUGCAUUGCUGCAGGUGGGACUGUUCCCGGUAGCACAUUUAUCGAGGGGUCUACAGUUGUCGCACUUUACUACGAUUUGAGGGAUUCAGUACGAUUGGUAGAUAAACUGCGAGAGAGGUUGGCUGAAAGCAACCGUUCUUCCCAUAGGGUCACGGGUAACUGGGCCAAUAUCCAGGUCGCUUUCAUUCCUGUCCACGAGUUUGAUAUCGUAUACCGGGCUUCAACGUUUCUUGAACAUUUGGCCCUACAUAAGAAAGUAGCCGUCCAUCUUGUUAUCAAGGAGAACAUGCGGUACUGCGGUUACACUACAGAAUCAAUUGGUCAGAUUUUGACAAAAUCUAUUGGCGACAUUCGUUAUAUUCGAAAGCUACCCACAACAUACGCGGUUGUCUUUGUAUGCGAGUUUUUUGACAUCCGUGCACGUCUUAAUUGUAUUAAUGCUACCCGAGAAGAGAGCUCCACUUUACCUUUUUAUUGCCUCUCGUCCUAUAGUUCGGAAAACAACAUGGUAAAAUCCACUGAAGCUGUUAGCGGGGUAAGCCAGAACCAAGAACAGCAGCUACAACCAAACGAAAAUAUAUGCUAUCCACACCACCAAUUGAAUAAAAGUGGAACCAUUGCUAGUAAACCUCCUAUUUCGAUAUACAGCACGAAUUCGCCAACUUCUGCUUCCAAACGAAGUUUUGCUUCUGUAGCAAGUUCAGGACUGAACCGAAACAAUGAGUUUGUCCUCCGUGGUAGCUCAGACCAUUCGGGAAUACGACCCGUCCCUGACCUUUCUGGAAAAACAUUAAAGGGAAAAGGGAACGAGAAUCCAUUUGGAAUCAGCCAGAAACACUUUGGGUUCCAGAUUGUAGAUCAGAAUAGUCGCAAUGGUGAUAGCACGAGCUGGGAAGACAGUCAGGAGCAAAUAAUCUCUACAACAGCCACCGACACUACCCUGCCUGCACCAAUCGCCUCGUCUUCUCCGGUAUUGGCACCAAAAUCAGUAGCACCAUUGUUGACCACGAUCUUAUCGCCUCUGUCUUCAUCCCAAAUGAACAGAAUGAAUGCCGAUACAACUAGUGGAAUCUCCGGCUCCAUAGUCACCAGAGCAGCAGUGCCGAGUAAAAGUAUCAUUGAUCUGGAUCGCAUCGAACAAGGACUGGAUACCAGAAAGACAAUCAUGAUCCGCAAUAUACCAAACAAAAUCGACCAGCAGAUGCUCAAGGAAUAUAUCGACGUUACUAACCGAAACACAUACGACUUCCUGUACCUCCGUAUAGAUUUCAACAACAAAUGUAAUGUCGGAUAUGCGUUCAUCUCCUUCAUAGACCCCCGUCACAUAAUCACAUUUGCAAGGGCCCGGGCCGGCACCAGAUGGAAUAAGUUUAAUUCUGCCAAAAUUUGCGACAUGUCAUAUGCUGCUAUAUACGUGGAAUCACCAUUAUGA